GGUGAUUGCUUCGAAAUUGGUCGUGCAGCAUACAAUGCCUACGAUUACUAUCACACGAUUCUGUGGAUGCAGGAGGCGCGUGAACGUGUCCAGAAGGAAGCUGUCCCAACGGUUUCCCUGGAAGACGUUCUCGAAUAUCUGGCUUACUCGCUGUACAAACAAGGCAAUCUGAAACGCGCCCUGUUGCUCACCGAUGAGCUGUAUCGGAUGAGUAAGUUUUUGUUUAUCAUUUGCUGUUGA